AUGUCAGAAAACGAUUCCACAGAUCCCUCACGAUCCAAAUUACAUCCUCUCCCCCUCACGGAACAGUCGAGACUUGCUGAGCGUUCCAAGCUAGCACAGGCAGAUAGCAUCGUGACUAACGAAUUGGAGCUGGAAGGGGACGACAUUGAUGAUGACGAGGACGGGUUUGUCGAAGUUGACCAUGACGACGUAGCUGACUAUGGAUGGUACUUCCGGCGCCCACCACCGACGAAGCCUACACAGCUAGAUCAACUACAUCCAUUCGUCCAGCUGCUGUCUUUAUCAAAUGUGAAUGAUUGUCUGGCGGUCGAGGCGGCGUUUCCGGAGCAUCAGAGGUGUACGGAGGAAAAGAUAUUAUAUCGUUUAACCAAAUGCCCCGAACUAUCCUUGGGCAUCUUCUCCCUUCCCCCACGGGAGCCCGGCCAACCUAAACCACAACCAACACUCGUCGCCCACAUUCUAGCCACAAGAACCCCAGCACUAUGCGUAACCGAUGCCUCCAUAGGUAUCCCGCCAAACUGGCAAGACAAAACCACCCCCACCUCCACACUCGGAGCUGACAACGGGUCAGAACCUCUCGGCCACCAGGACCAAGGAUCCACAAUCGCAGUGCACUCCCUCGCAGUCUUGCCAGAGCACCAGGGUAAGCGUCUGGGAUCAACUCUUAUGAAAUCGUAUAUCCAGCGGAUCAAGGAUGCCGCUAUUGCUAACCGUAUUGCGCUCCUGGCGCAUGACCAUCUGAUACCGUUUUACACCAGUUUGGGGUUUGAGAAUCGGGGUUUGAGUGACUGCACGUUUGGGGGUGGGGGAUGGUAUAGCAUGGUUCUAGAGUUCUCAGACGCGGGAGUUUGA